AUGUGGAGACUAACAAUGGUAGACACGGAAGAAACCUGUAAGCCUGAGCGUCUUGCCCUACCCAGGCACCAUGGUAAACCCUAUUCAGAUCACCCAUCGUCUACAGCACUGCUGGAUUCCAUUGACAAAUCUAUCUGGAGUACCUCACCUUUCGAUGUGGGCAAACUACAAGUUACCCCAGUUGCCAUCACCCUGUUGGAUCCGUCUCAACCUCCAAUCUACAGACCCCAAUAUCGUCUCAAGCCUGAGCAGGUAGAGGGGAUUCGCCCCACUAUUGAGGGGCUAUUGGGAGCUAACUGCAUUUACCGAACUCAAUCUCCAUGGAACACCCCAAUUCUGCCUGUUCUGAAGGCAGAUGGUGAAACCUACAGGAUGGUACAAGACUUCAGAGCUAUCAAUGAAGCUACUUUGGGGGUUGACCUACCUGUUCCUGAUCCACACAUCACCCUGAGCAAUCUGUCGCCGAAACACCAAUAUUUCACUGUCGUGGACCUUGCUAAUGCUUUCUUUAGCGUUCCUCUGGAUGAGGGGUCUCAGCCUCUGUUUGCAUUCACUUACGAAAACCAGCAGUACACGUAUUCUGUGCUUCCCCAGGGCUACCGUUGUUCCCCCGGAAUUUUCAAUUACAUCCUGAAAAAACACUUGGGAGAACUCACCCUUCCGGAAGGCACGGUACUCAUCCAAUACGUUGACGAUCUCCUCCUGGGAGCCCCCACUUCGGACCUGUGCUUAGAAAUCACCAAAGUCCUGCUGGACUUUUUGGCUAGCAAAGGGUACAAGGUCAAGAAAUCAAAAGUCCAGAUGUGCAGAAGGACAGUACUCUUUUUGGGUAGAGAAAUAUCAGGAGACGGAGCUGGACUCUCUACUUCACACAGAAGCUCCAUUCUUCACCAUCCCAGACCAACCACAGUUGCUGGUAUGCUCUCGUUUUUGGGUUUGACGGGGUACAGCCGUACACACAUUCCUGACUACACUGCCAGGACUGAACCACUGAGGGAAAUAGUCAGACAUGCAGGCUCAAGAAACCUUCAUGCUCCUCUUAUCUGGUCACCUGAGGCCUCUGCUGCAUUUGGCCAGUUGAAAACAGACUUGGCUGUGGCUGCAGCUCUCACUGCACCUGACUAUGGCAAGACUUUCCAUUUGGAUGUUUCUGAAAAAGAAGGAUUCACCUCAUCCGUUCUUUUCCAGAAACAUGAGGGGGAGAGAAGAGUCCUGAUGUACCACUCCUCAAAAUUGGAUCACAUUGAAAUGGGGCAAACCACAUGCUCAAGAUACGUUGCAGCUGUUGCUAAAGCCAUUGAAAAAACUGCUCACCUCGUAAUGUGCCACAAAAUGGAGAUCCACACCCACCAUGGUGUUGCAGCGUACUUGAUGGCGAAGGAAUUCACCUUCAGUGCAGAGAGAAAAAACAAAAUUCAGAACAAAUGUACACAGUCACACAUCACGUUUGUCAACACAGACAAGAACAUGGCUGAUGCCCUUAAUGCGGAAGAAGGAAUGACCCACGUCUGCGCAGAAAGAGCUGCUCAAGAACUUAAACUCAGACCAGACCUGGAAAAUGAACCCAUAUUGACUGCAGACCUAUGGCUGUACACUGACGGGUGUUGUUACAGAGGAGAAGAAGGCAACAUAGCAGCAUACGCAGUAGUACAACAGACUGUGGAUGGAGCUCACACCACCCUGGAAUCAGGUAUAAUACCUCAGCCCGCAUCAGCCCAAUUGGCAGAGAUAAUUGGACUCACCCAAGCAUUAACACUGGCCAAAGGGAAAAAGGUCAACAUAUACACUGACUCAGCAUAUGCUCAUGGAGCAGUACACAUCGAUGGACCACAAUGGGUCAGACGAAACUUUACCACUACUGGAAAUCUACCAAUCAAGCACAAGACCCAGAUGGAGCGUCUGAUUGCUGCUGUAUCACUUCCUGAAAAAGUGGCCAUAAUGAAAUGCAAGGGCCAUCAGAUAUUGAACUCCAAGAUCAGCAAGGGAAAUGAUGCUGCAGACCAGGCAGCUAAGAAAGCAGGAGGAUACACUCCCAGACAAAUGGUUCUCCAAAUCAGUCCACCUAGGACUGAAUUGACUAACCAACACAUCAAAGAACUACAACAAGCAGCCGGACCAUAUGAACACUCAGUGUGGGGACAGAGGGGAGCGACGAAAGGUCCUGAUGAACUGUGGCGAUGCCAUGAUGGCAGACUAGUGGCCCCUGCAAACCUCUGUCCUGAACUAAUCAGAGAAGCACAUGGACCAACACACGAAGGGAAACUGAAGACUCUACAGAGAGUCUCCUACGUAUGGUGGCAUCCAUACAUGAAAGAAAUGACAGAUUUGUUCUGUGACAGUUGUGCCAUCUGUGGAAGUCACAAUCCAAAGAAACCUUACCAAACACCAAUGGGUCACUAUCCGGUACCCAAUGCCUGUUUCCAAGACAUCAGCAUAGAUUUUACAGACAUGGGAGCGGAUCAGGUGAAGGGAGGAAAGAGAUAUUUGCUAGUAAUGGUAGACAGAUUCUCUAAGUGGGUAGAGGCCAUUCCUACAGCAAAGGAGGAUGCGAAGUCAGUCAUUAAGUGGCUACAAACGGAACUUAUACCUAGGUAUGGGGUUCCUCGACAAAUCAGGUCCGACAAUGGGUCCCACUUCUCAAAUCAGCACCUAAGACAGGUGGAGGAGAGGUUUGGCAUUACACACAAGUUUGGCUCAGUGUAUAAGCCGCAGUCGCAGGGCCUUGUGGAACGCUGUAAUCAAAAUCUGAAAGCUAAGAUAGCUAAAGUGUGUGCAGGGACCAAAUUGACCUGGGUGGAAGCCCUGCCCCUGGCACUGAUGGCCAUGAGGUCCUCACCAGGUGCAGGGACACAUCUUUCACCCCAUGAAAUAAUGACAGGUAGAGUAAUGCCAGGGCCACCAAGAGAGGGAGGUCAUAUGCCCCCUCUUGAUGUGCACCAAAUAGGGAUGUCUGACUAUGUGAAGAAAUUGACGGAAUUGUCUGCAGCUCUCUCCAAAAAGAUACACCGUGUCGCAGAGAGGGAGCUGACUGACGUCCCGGAACAACCAAGGGUAAAAGUUGGGGACUGGGUAAGGAUCAAGGUCCACAAGAGAAAGUGGGCUGAUCCCAGGUGGACUGGACCGUACGAAGUGAAGGAGGUUACUUCACACUCAGUCCAGGUCAAAGGUAAAUCAGGCGUACCUUGGCACCACCUGACACAUUGUACACCAGCCCCAACCCCUGCCAGAACUCUGGCUGAAGUAAGAAGUGAUUUACUCACAUCCAAUUCGAAUUCAAAUUCUGACAUCCCUCCCGUCUGAUCAUGUGGAGGAGACUCCCAUCCUCAGAUGAUAGGGACACUAGAGUAGCACCAUGGGCUAGAAGGGCUAGGAGACCAUGGGAAAGACUGGGUUGUUCUGGCCCAUUGUUUGUCCUAAUUAUAGUCAAUGUUGUUUUGACAUUGGGAGUAAUGAUAUGGGCAGCCCAGCGUAUAAUCACUGACCAGGAACAGACUACCCAGCUAAACAUCACCAAUGCUUCAAUAUUCUCGGAUACGCAUGUUCUGUCUAAACGUCAAGUUCAGAAUAAUGACUUUGAGUGUACUGCAGAAUUGAUUAGGUCAGCUACUCUGUGUAUCCCGCCUAACGCUACUACCACUGUUAUACUUACCUGGGGUGUUAUUGGAAGCCCAGGUGGCGGUUAUGGUACUCAUGCAAUCAGUUGGUCUAGAUCAGUGUGGUACAUGACGUGGAAGAAUUUAGUGGCAGAGACUGGUCCUGACUGGUCUAGCUGGACAGUGCAUCAGAUGGCACUCCUGUGGCGGAGCAGGUUGACGUUAACUAAAGUUACAACUGGUUUGAAAUUGGUAAUCAAACACAGGGAAGGUGGUAUCGGCUGUACCCCCUUCUUAUUGGCACCAUGGGAAGAGCAGAGAGUCUAUUGGCAUCUUAAGAUUUGUUUUACUAACAUAACCACCCCUCAAGCUGUUCUUUCUAAGCGACAGGUGGUAUCCACUUCG